GGUUCGUUUUAAAUGUGCAGCAGCACACUUGGAUAAUUACGCACGCGUCCGUGUUGAAAAUCCACCAUCUCCGCCGCCUGCUUGGCGAAGCCGCUCGGUGUUGCGCAACUCCCCGGGUCCCCGUCGCCUCGGGGGUGAAGUAGCCUUCUCCAGCCGGAGCGGGGCGUGUCUCCGUGGGCGGCCCCUCUCCAGUGCGGUGCCGCUGCUGCCACUGCCGCCGACUGCCGCUGUGCCUCCCUUAUUCCAGCGGAUUGCAGGUGGCGGUGCGUCAAACGGCCUGCGAGCGUCCGCGGGGAAACGGAGCGGCGGCCCCUUCGCAAUAAGAGCCGCGGUGCUACAAGCGGAGCGCGCGGGCUUUUAAUCUGAAAGGGAGAAUCUCGCGUUGCACUUCCUGUCUUUCGGCCGGCUUGACGGCAGAGAUGCAGGUGGAGCGGCUCGGCCAGGACCGUUCACAUCUGUCUUGAAGGAGAAGAGGGGGGGAGAAAAACCUGGUCUGCUAGCUGAACGCUCUGGAUAAAAAAAAAAAAAAAAAAAGGGAAAGGAGAGACGGAGAGAGGCGCACAGAAGCGUAAACUACACCCAGGCUAUACCCAGGGAUAUUUACAAAAUCUUCCCAAGUGUGGAGAAUAAUAUCGAAGGGAUUGCCGCAAAAUACAAAUCCCUACCUGCCCACAUAACCAUGGAGCCCAUACCUGCGUAAAUCUUCGUGUUCCAUAAGUUCCGGGAGAAGAAGAAUGGGUUUGUGCUGAAACCAUGAACGUGCUGCACGCUCCGGCAGACACCAGCGAGCUCUGAUACCCGUCUGCUCGACGGCUCGCCUCCCGCUUUUCUUCUGCUUGCACUCCUCUUAAAGAAAGAUCACAAUCUUCCCCCCAAGCUUUUGGCAGCAGCUCAAAUUUCCUGGAAAUUGCUCGGAGAUCUGGAUUGUGGAGACGAACGUUCUAUUUUCGGGGCCAGGAUAGACCAAGAGGCUUUUGAAGAACCGGCUGUGUUGAAAUUAUCAUAUUCCCCCUCUUACUCUUCUGCUAUUCCUCAGUCCCGGAGGCGCUAACUGAUGGAGAGACGGAGGAGAGAGUCAGGAUAAGAACAAGAAUUAGAGAGAUUCACAGUGAAGAGGAAAAACUGCUUAUUGGUCAGGAAAAUUGGAGUAGGGCUCUUGUGAGGAUUACGUACCCAUCGAGCUUUAAAUCCCAGCCUUAUUGUGUACAAUUAUACUUGUUUACAUUUAUAAUUUGUUAGUCACAAGUGGAGCUAGGUCUUAUCUCCGUGCUUCAUUAGGCCUGUAAAACAUCAAGUCGAAAAGGGAAAAAAUUCCGAAAUUUGAGCAUGACGAGGGGGUUAAGAUUCCUGUGUUGGCCCCUGUGGCCCCUGGCCCUCCUUAGCCUGCUCACCACAGUGACGAUGCUGGAGUUCGGCGGGGCGCCGGGCCAGUGGGCGCGCUACGGGCGCUGGGAGGCCGGAUCGGUGGGCGAGCUGAGCUUCAGCCUCAAGACCAACAUCAGCAAAGCCUUGGUGCUCUACCUGGACGACGGCGGCAACUGCGACUUCCUGGAGCUGCUGAUAGCCGGCGGGCGCCUCCAGCUGCGCUUCGCCAUCCACUGCGCCGAGCCCGCCUCUUUGCACAUGGAGACGCGGGUGAACGACGACCGCUGGCACAUGGUCCUGCUCACCCGCAACUUUCGCGAGACCCUGCUAAUGGUGGACGGGGAGACGAAGGUGGCCGAGGUGAAGUCCAAGCGGAAGGAAAUGGCCGUGGUCAGCGACCUGUUCGUCGGCGGCAUCCCGCCGGACGUUCGCCUCUCCGCGCUGACGUCCAGCACCGUGAAGUACGAGCCGCCCUUCCUGGGCUUGAUCUCCAACCUGAAGGUGGGGGAGAUGCCUCCUACUCUGCUUAACAGCCAGGGCAUUCAGAGCGACCUGGAGUACCUCUGCACCAAACAGAACCCGUGCUUAAAUGGAGGGUUUUGCUCUAUUCAGUAUGGAGAAGUUCACUGUGACUGCACCCAUACUCGCUUCAAGGGGAAGUACUGCAAGGAAGUUGAAGAGUAUGCUGUUGAAGGUCUGGCGCACCUGACGUUAAACGACCAAGGUGAUUCGUCUCAAGUUGCUAAGGAAGAGUCGGUCGCCACCUUCAAGGGCAACGAGUUCUUCUGCUACGACCUGUCCCUGACGCCCAUCCAGAGCAGCACGGACGAGAUCACGCUCUCCUUCCGGACGCUGCAGCGCAACGGCCUGAUGCUGCACACGGGCAAGUCGGCCGACUACGUGAACCUCUCCCUGAAGAGCGGCGCCGUCUGGCUGGUCAUCAACCUGGGCUCGGGGGCCUUCGAGGCCCUGGUGGAGCCCGUCAAUGGCAAGUUCAACGACAACGCCUGGCAUGACGUGCGCGUCACCCGCAACCUGCGCCAGCACGCAGGCAUUGGACACGCUAUGGUGACCAUCUCAGUUGAUGGCAUUUUGACCACCACUGGUUACACCCAGGAAGAUUACACCAUGCUGGGCUCCGAUGACUUCUUCUACAUUGGAGGGAGCCCCAACACGGCGGACCUGCCGGGAUCACCAGUCAGCAACAACUUCAUGGGCUGCCUCAAAGAUGUGGUGUACAAGAACAACGACUUCAAGCUGGAGCUGUCGCGGCUGGCCAUCCUGCGCGACCCCAAAAUCACCUUGAACGGCGACUUGGUGUUCCGCUGCGAGGACGUGGCCGCCCUGGACCCCGUGACCUUUGAGACCCCCGAGUCCUACAUCUCGCUGCCCAAGUGGAACACCAAGAAGACGGGGUCCAUCUCCUUUGACUUCCGCACCACGGAGCCCAGCGGCCUCCUGCUGUUCAGCCACGGACGCCCGCAGGGUCCGAAAGAGCAGAAGCCAGGGAGGGAGCUGAAGACUGAUUACUUUGCUAUGGAGCUCCUUGACGGGUAUCUGUACCUCCUGAUCGAUAUGGGCUCUGGGAAAACGAAGCUCAGGGCCAGCAACAAGAAGGUCAAUGACGGGGAAUGGUGCCAUGUGGAUUUCCAGAGGGAAGGGAGGAAAGGAUCUAUUUCAGUCAACAGCCGCAGCUUGCCCUUCAGCUCUCCGGAGGGCAGCGAAAUCCUGGACCUGGACAGCGACAUGUACCUGGGCGGGCUGCCCGAGUCCAAGUCGGACCUCAUCCUGCCGCCGGAGGUCUGGACGGCCCUCCUCAACUACGGCUACGUGGGCUGCGUCCGCGACCUCUUCAUCGACGGCAAGAGCCGCGACGUCCGCCGCCUGGCCGAGAUCCAGAGCGCGCUGGGCGUCAGCAGCUUCUGCACCCGCGAGCUGCAGAAGCGGUGCAGCAGCGCCCCCUGUGGCAACGCUGGCCUGUGCAAAGAGGGCUGGAACCGCUACAUUUGCGACUGCACUGGCACCGGAUACCUGGGGACCAACUGCGAGAUAGAGGCGACGGUGCUGAGCUACGACGGCAGCAUGUACCUCAAGAUCAUCAUGCCGGUUACCAUGCACACGGAGGCCGAGGACGUGGCGCUGCGCUUCAUGUCCCAGCGGGCGUACGGCUUGCUCAUGGCCACCACCUCCAAGGAGUCAGCGGACACCCUGCGGCUGGAGCUGGACGGAGGCCGCGUCAAGCUCACCGUCAACCUCGAUUGUAUCAGGAUAGACUGUAGCCUCAGCAAAGGACCCGAGACGCUGUUCGCGGGGCAGAAGCUGAACGACAACGAGUGGCACACGGUGAAGGUGGUGCGAAGAGGCAAGAGCCUGCAGCUGUCUGUGGAUAAUGUCACAGUGGAAGGCCAGAUGACCGGUGCCCACACGCGUCUCGAGUUCCACAACAUCGAGACGGGCAUCAUGACCGAGCGCCGCUUCAUAUCCGUGGUGCCCUCGAACUUCAUCGGCCACCUCCAGGGCCUGGCAUUCAACGGCGUGCCGUAUCUCGACCAGUGCAAAAACGGCGACAUCUCCUACUGCGAGCUGAACGCCCGCUUCGGCAUGCGCCACAUCAUCGCCGACCCGGUGACGUUUCGAACGAAAGGCAGCUACUUAGCGCUAGCCACACUACAGGCCUACGCCUCCAUGCACCUCUUCUUUCAGUUUAAAACCACCACGCCGGAUGGCUUGAUGCUCUUCAACUCUGGAGAUGGGAGCGACUUCAUAGUUGUGGAGCUGGUGAAGGGGUAUGUCCACUACGUCUUUGAUCUUGGCAACGGCCCUUCGCUGAUGAAGGGCAACUCGGACAAGCCGCUCAAUGACAACCAGUGGCACAACGUGGUGGUCUCCCGGGAUCCCAACAAUGUACAUACGCUCAAGAUCGACUCACGCACCGUUACUCAGCACUCCAAUGGAGCCCGCAACCUGGACCUCAAAGGGGAGCUGUACAUCGGUGGCGUGACAAAGAACAUGUACAGCAAUCUGCCCAAACUGAUUGCAUCCCGGGACGGGUACCAGGGCUGUCUGGCCUCUGUGGACCUGAAUGGGAGACUCCCUGACCUGAUCGCGGAUGCCCUCCACAGGGUGGGUCAGGUGGAACGAGGCUGCGAUGGACCCAGUACCACCUGUACGGAGGAGUCCUGCUACCAUCAGGGGGUGUGUCUCCAGCAGUGGGAGGGCUUCACUUGCGACUGCACCAUGACGUCCUAUGGAGGAUCGUUUUGCAACGACCCUGGGACAACUUACAUCUUUGGGCGAGGCGGAGCCCUCAUCACAUACACCUGGCCACCCAAUGACCGGCCGAGCACGCGGGCAGACCGGCUGGCAGUGGGCUUCAGCACGCAGCUGAAGGAGGCCAUUCUGGUCAGGGUGGAGAGCGCCAAAGGACUGGGAGAUUACCUGGAGCUGCACAUAGAACGGGGAAAGAUCGGCGUGAUCUUCAACGUGGGAACGGACGACAUAAUCAUCGAGGAGAGCGCGGUGAUGGUGAGCGACGGCAAAUACCACGUGGUGCGAUUCACACGCAGUGGCGGCAACGCCACACUACAGGUGGACAACCAGCCCGUCAUCGAACGUUUCCCCACAGGGAACUUUGAUAAUGACCGCCUGGCUAUUGCUAGACAAAGAAUCCCAUACCGACUUGGUCGGGUAGUUGACGAGUGGCUACUCGACAAAGGUCGCCAGUUGACCAUCUUCAACAGCCAGGCGUUCAUCAAAAUCGGUGGUGGGGAGAAGGGGCGCCACUUCCAGGGCCAGAUCUCAGGCCUGUACUACAACGGCCUGCAGGUCCUCAAACUGGCGGCCGAGGGCGACCCCAAUGUCCAGACCCAGGGCAACCUGCGGCUGGUGGGUGACGUCCCCUCGGUGCUCACUACCGACACCACCUCCACCACCCCUCUCGCUGACAUGUCCACCACAAUCAUGGAGACAACCACCACCAUGGCCACGACCACCACCCGCAAACAGCGCUCGCCUACAUUGAGGGACAGUGUCACAGAGAAUGCGGACGACAUCUUGGUAGCAUCAGCUGAAUGUCCUAGUGAUGACGAAGAUUUGGAGGAGUGUGAGAAUGGAAAUGGAGGUGAAUUAGUGUUGCCCAUAAUAACGGUGGACUCCCUAGACCCCCCAUCCAUCGCCACCCGCUACCCAGUAAUCCCCCCGCCCCCUACAACCUACCGCCCCCUCCUCACCCUGCUCGAAACCACCAAAGAGUCCCUCCCCUUGCCCAACGGCCGGCCCCCAUGCCCCUUGGACCAGGAGGACUGCGAGGAGACCAUCGAGGUGUCGGCGUACGGCUCGGGGGAGAUGACUGAGUCGGAUGACGAGGACUAUUACAAAAACUCCCCCCUGGUCACCGACAGGACUGUCCUCCCUCCUCCCCCGGCCGUCGAAGGUGGUGUCCAGAACCCCCGAGACCGCCAUUUCUCACGCUUCCCCAACUCCCACCGCCCACCUCUCUCCUCCACUCCCACGGCCAACCCCGACCAGCUCGGCCCACGCGUCAAGCCAGCUGGUGGCGGCAGCAGCAGUAGUAGCAACAACAACAUCCCUGCCGGGAAAAUGAACACCCGGGACCAGGUGCUGCUGCCACCGGCCCACCCCUCGUCUGACCCAGGCCACCGCAGAGUCCCGGGAAUAACCUACCCCCCUAAUUUCCCCCAUGUUCCCACUCCAGGCCCCACGUCUCCUGAGAGAGGACUCCCUGGCGCCGUGGAGGUGCAGCAGUCCAGCAGCACCACUGGAAUGGUGGUGGGCAUCGUGGCAGCCGCCGCCCUCUGCAUCCUCAUUCUCCUAUACGCCAUGUAUAAGUACCGCAACCGCGAUGAGGGCUCCUAUCAGGUGGACCAGAGCCGCAACUACAUCAGCAACUCGGCCACACAGAGCAAUGGCGCCCUGGUGAAGGAGAAACAGCCCAGCACUGCCAAGACGGUCACCAAGAACAAGAAGAACAAAGACAAAGAGUACUAUGUCUGAGGGAGUGCUGCAGCGACACACAGAGACAGACACUUAGAAAAGGAAAGAGACAAGAGAGAGAAGGGGAGACAGAGAGAGAAAAGGCAGUAUAUGGCUAAUUCAUUUAACACUCAGUAUUGUCAGGUGGUCAUACGUGUUACCAGAGGAUUCACACCUUUCAGCAUUGCCUUGACCGAUUGAUUCAUCUAAACUUAACUUGUCAACCAUGGUGCAGAUUUUAACAAAAGGCUCCGAUCUCAACACAUAACUGUGCCAACAACCGUGUAGCAAAUGCUCAUAAAACAGCGAUUUAUGGGUAAGCAUUUGACUUAUUGGUUAUUUAAUAUCUUGAGUACUGUAGGAAAGCACAACCAUCAGUAUUUGUGUCAAGGUCUGUACAUUCUGAGGCGAGCUUGUGGUGCAUGCGUCACCUUAGACAGUAUCAACAUAUUAUUUUCCAACCGGGCUCGAAUUAGCAACUUUGACAUCCUUCUGUAAAAUCAAUAUACUGCCAGCUUACAGAAACACUGUGUCCAAAUCCAGCUCUCCCACCUCUGGAAGUGUUCAACAUCUCUCUGAUCUUGUCGUCGGAUCUUUCUCUCUCUGUUUCUCUCCUUGUCUACGGUGCCCAGCAGCCGACUGCAACGUGAACUCUGCCGUGUUUCAAGCAUGUAGUAUUCAUUUACGAAAAAGAGAUAAAAAACUGAUUUUACCUUUCUGUGGAGUUUAAAAAAAACAAACAAAAAAAUACGAUGAUUGAUGAUCAUAACAACGUUAAACGUAGCAACUAUGUGAGACGCCACCGCUCCAACCUAACGGAAGCUAACUUGUACGUUUAGCCGCCAAAAACUUGUCGAGGCCAAAAACCCCUUGGUCGUCCUUUCGUUCCAGCAGAUCUGUGUCAUGUGUUUCUGGGGCUCCGGGGCGCCCUCUAGUGGGCCAGCAGAGAAAAACUGUCACGUCCUUACAGUUACUAAUCACGGAAAAACAGAAAAAACCUCCAGCAAACAAGAUGAACUCUGUUCUAUAUAAUUAUAAAUAUAUGUAUAGACGUUGAAGAAACCUAUGGACCUAAAUCGUGAGCGAGUCUAAGAGUGUGUUUGCUGACGAUGCACAGCGAAGACGGACUUUAGGAUUUUUGACGUCGGAACAGUUCCACCGCCCUCUCCUCAGAACCCUCGUCCCUUCUCAUGAACAGUAUGGCUGAUGGAAUGCGUUGCUGCAAGACUCAGUCACUAUGUUUUGCUCUUAUAGUUUUUUUUUUAUUUGAUUCUUUUCUCCGGAGAAAUGAGAGACACUUUAGGGAAAUUCUGAAUUCAUUCUUGCUGGAGUUCCACUGUGGAGAGAGAUACCUUGCAGCUGAAUAAGCGACUGUGUCUUUCACCCCUUCUCUAGCCUGACUGGACUGACGGCAGCCAAAGGGCAAAGCAAACUUUGUGGAAAGAGCACACAAAUAAAAAGGUGAACGGCAGUUCCCCGGAAGAUGUACAACUGAACUCUAGUAUUCCAAUUUUCUCAACUCUAUAAAAAAAAAAAGAAAACUGUACCAUGAAAAGAAAAGAAAAAUCCUGAAAAAAGUUUGUGAAAUGUCUAAAUAUUUGACUCUCAUCCCAUUACUAAGAGAAAUGUGUUUUCCCUACUACCAUUCCUGUUUGGAGAGAUAAAAAAAAAAAGACCAUGAUUCUGGGAUUCUGGGAAACUGAAAUUUUUAUGUAUUUUCUUUUGGUAAUUGAGCAAAUGUGAUUUGGGUUAUGAACAUGAAACCAUGCAUUCUCCUUUUCCAGAGGGGAAAGAGUUCCUCGUUUUCUCUUUACAUUCUCCAUCUGUCAUCCUCAGCCUGUUUCUUUGUCCAUUCCUUUUUCUCUGUAUGGCAGAUCAUAUGUCCCCAUACCCCCGUGGAGAAAGCAGGCUCUAUCCAUCCUCCGGUUUUCAUUUGUCUUAUAUCUUUUUCUGUCUAUACGGUGAGAGACAAGAUGGCGGCCGAUUCGUUCGUCGGACUCCGUCAAUUCAUUCUCCCGCCACAUUUGUCCGGUUUAUCUCUUUCUCCACUCCAAGCAUACUCCUCCCAGUAUCUUCCUGUUCUUUCUAAAUGUUAUUGUAAAGUGUUCCAGUGAGAUGACUCUAAAUAUGUGUACAUUAACAGAGGGAAUACACUUGGUUAUAUACUUCUUA